CACACACACAUAUACACACACACACAUACACUCACUCACACACACAUAUACACGUAUAUACACUCACACACACACACACACACACACACUCACUCACUCACUCACACACACAAACACACACUCUCUCAUACACACAAACACACACUCUCUCAUACACACACACACGUAGUCAGUGUGCGUCGCAGCUGAUGAUCGGAGGAUUGACACACAUGUAUCACUGUCACUUGUGAUGUGCAGCUCAAUGUUGCUGCCCAGGAAGACCGUUUCAUUAUUAUUGAGCUGUUGAACGUCACAUGUUCUUGAAGUUUCUUUUUCUCUUGAGGAAAUGACACGUAUGUGACAGACAGACCUGUCGGGAACACUGCUGCCGUGCUCUUCCUGCUGUGUUUUAUUUGAGCGGUACAUGCGUCAAGAGGAGGUGUACCACUAGAUUAAUCCCCCUGUCAAAUCAAACGGAUUAUUUAUGAAAUGUCAUCAUUUGGGAGACAAAAGGGAGUCAAGUCUGCCAAAGAUCAUGUGUGUGGAAGAGCGUGAUCAGUGUGAAUAAUCAUGAGCUGUGUGCGACGACAUUUCUAACAUUAAAUCUGACCCGUAAGACUCGCCUUUCCUCAGUCGCCCGACCGUCAUUUGCUUGCGCUGGCGGGCGAGGAUGCGCGUGCCGGGCCGCAGUCGGUGAGGAUGUACGAAGCAUCUGGGAUGACGGAAUGCAAGGCGGAGGUCACUCCAUCUGCACGGAACGGGCACCGCGUGUUUAGCUACACGCUAGAGAGCCACACGGCGGCCGCCUUCAACAUCAUGAACGAGCUGCGACUUGAGCGACAGCUCUGUGACGUCACGCUGAGGGUGAAAUAUAAUGAUCUGGAGGCUGUGGACUUCGUAGCUCAUAAGGUGGUGUUGGCAUCAUCGUCGCCGGUGUUUCGUGCCAUGUUCACUAACGGACUGAAGGAGUGCGGGAUGGAGGUUGUGCCCAUCGAGGGAAUUCACCCAAAGGUGAUGGGGCGACUGAUAGAAUUUGCGUACACGGCGAGCAUCUCUGUGGGAGAGAAGUGUGUGAUUCACGUGAUGAACGGUGCCGUCAUGUAUCAGAUCGACAGCGUGGUGAAGGCCUGCUGCGAUUUCCUCGUACAGCAGCUCGACCCGAGUAACGCCAUCGGCAUUGCAAACUUCGCAGAGCAGAUCAGCUGCACUGAGCUCCAUCAGAAAGCUAGAGAAUACAUCUACCUGAACUUCAGCCAGGUGGCCACUCAGGAGGAGUUCUUCAACCUGUCCCAUUGUCAGCUGGUGACAUUGAUCAGUCGUGACGAGCUCAACGUGCGCUGUGAGUCGGAGGUGUUUUACGCCUGUGUGGAGUGGGUUCAAUAUGACCGCGAAAACCGCCGGCCAUACGUUCAGGCGCUGCUGCAGGCCGUCCGGUGUCACUCACUUACGCCGCAUUUCUUGCAGCGGCAGCUUGAACACUUUGAGUGGGACGCUCAGAGUAAAGAUUACCUGUCGCAGAUCUUCCAGGAUCUGACACUGCACAAGCCGACGAAACUCAUCCCCUGCCGGACGCCUAAAGUCCCGCAGCUCAUCUACACAGCCGGCGGGUACUUCCGUCAGUCGCUCAGCUUCCUGGAGGCGUUUAACCCCUGCACGGGAGCGUGGCUCCGGCUGGCGGAUCUGCAGGUGCCGCGCAGCGGACUGGCGGCGUGCGUGAUCAGCGGGCUGCUGUACGCAGUGGGUGGGCGCAAUAAUGCACCAGAGGGGAACAUGGACUCCAACACGCUGGACUGUUACAACCCCAUGAACAACUGCUGGCUGCCCUGUGCGCCCAUGAGCGUCCCGCGCAACCGCAUUGGUGUUGCCGUGAUCGACGGCAUGAUCUACGCCGUAGGUGGGUCACAUGGGUGCGUCCAUCACAACAGCGUCGAGAGGUAUGACCCCGAGAGAGACUGUUGGCAUCUGGUGGCGCCCAUGUUGACGCGGCGUAUCGGAGUGGCAGUGUCCGUGAUCAAUCGUCUGCUGUAUGCGGUGGGCGGGUUUGAUGGGACACACCGGUUGAGUUCAGCUGAAUGUUACAACCCCGAGAAAGACGAGUGGAGGACCAUCGCGUCCAUGAACACGGUCCGCAGCGGCGCAGGUGUGUGCGCGCUGGGGAACUACAUCUAUGUGGUGGGCGGAUAUGACGGCACGAAUCAGCUGAACACAGUGGAGCGCUACGACGUGGAAACGGACAGCUGGAGUUUCACCGCGUCCAUGAGACACAGACGAAGCGCGCUCGGAGUCACCGCACUCCACGGACGCAUCUAUGUGCUCGGUGGUUACGAUGGAAACACUUUCCUGGACAGUGUGGAGUGUUAUGACCCAGAAACAGAUAGCUGGACAGAGGUCACUCAAAUGACCUCUGGUAGGAGCGGGGUUGGGGUUGCUGUGACCAUGGAGCCGUGCCAAAAAGACCUCAACCCAUGUCAAAAACGCUAAUGCUCCGAUCUCGCUCUCUUCAGGGUCUUUAGCGCACAAUACAUGUCAGUCAAAGAGUUUGAGAAGUGAUUUGAGUUUGUGUGAACAAGCUCUAGAAGUUCUUCAAUUGCAACGUCUCGUGGAGUUGAUCGGAGACCCUCCGUGUGCAGAUGAGCAUCUAAUGAAAGCAUACAGCUCACAUUCAUGUGGAUGUCCAGAACACGUCUGAGUUUAAUAAAGUGCCAUGAUGUCACCUGAAGUCAAACGACCAGACUGAACUAAUCCAGUGACGUUUGGUGGUUCAGAUAAAUACACCCCAGAUGUUUUAUUCCCUUUUUUUACUCAGAGAUAUUAAUGACUCUUGAAACUGAAGAUCAACCACAGAGAUUGUGGACCUGUAUAACCCCACUGAAGCGUUUUUAUCAAAUCGAAUAAGUUUUGAAGCGUUUCUGGAUGUCUCAACAUGUGUUCCAGCCUUCAGCUACUUUUGAUGACAACAACCGUUGCUUUUGCUCAAUAAAAAGAUGAUUUUCACCACCUGUAUUUGUAAACCAGUUUAAGCUGCUUUUUCCAGGGACUUUUGUACAUUGAUGUUGCAUGAAGUCUUGUACAUUGUUUUUUAUUUAUUUGAGACUUUUCAUUUUCUCCUGAUCCAACGGUUUAAAUUUGGGUUUGUUUUUACAAAUUAAGCUUUUUGAUUGAAAGUGAUUCAUUUUUCCUUUCAUCACUUAAGUAUAAAUGGGUGAUUUAACAUUGCUUUGUAUAUUUUACAGCAACAGAUACGUUGUAAAAGCGUUGUGUAUGAAGUGUUUCUUGAUUGAGCCGCACGGUGGCGCACUUUAACUGUUAUAUGAUUGAAAUAUUACAUUUGUAAAAACGUAUGUGGUUUUGAUGUUGACGUGAUAUUAAAGAUAAUCUUUGUUUAAACUGCUGAGGGAAUCCUAAUAAAUCAUAAU